AUGGACGGCAAGAAGCCGGCAGCAGGAGUAGACAACACAGCCAGGCGCACGUGGGACAAGGAGGAAUAUGCCGAGCGCGCGGCGAAGCGGGACAAGGAGGAACAGGAAAUCGCGGACCUGGACCCGCGCGAGGUGAAGCGCCAGAAGCGUCUGGCCCGCGACCCGCUGCACCAGGGUCUGAUCGCCGAGCGCUCGCUGCUCAAGUCGCGCAGCUACAAGCUCGACCUGGAGCGGAAGCUGGGCAAGACGCAAGUGGUGGGCCUCAACACGGCGCUCUCGCAGCAGCCGGGCUACUACUGCUCCGUGUGCGACUGCGUGCUGCGGGACUCCACCUCGUACCUCGACCACAUCAACGGCAAGUACCACCAGCGCGCGCUCGGCAGUUCGAUGGUGGUGGAGAAGUCCAGCGUGGAUCAGGUGCGCGCGCGGAUGCAGCUGCACAAGGAGCGCAAGGAGAAGAAGGGCAAGGACGAGGACGCGCUGGACGAGAUGAAGGCGCGCAUCGUGGAGCGGCGGGAGGAGGAGGAGGAGCGGGAGCGGGAGCGCUGA